CUUUAUGGAAUUCAACUCCGCAGCUCAACAAACAACUCCAUUAUCGUUCGGUUAUCAAGGAACGGUUUACCUUUCUCGUCCGUUUUCGUUUCAGCAUAUCAAGUUCCCCUGGCUUUUCAAAAAGUAUAUUUUUGAAAGCUCAAGGCUGUUGUUAUCCGUUCCCAAAAAAGAAUUCAUUACGAUUUWAAAAAAAAAGAGACAAAAGCCUGCGGAGGCACAGAUUGAAUCAAAAUGGGUUUCAUGAUGUUGGUCAUGUUAUAUCUGCUCGCAGAAAAUGUUGCAGUUGUCAAGGCAAACAACUGUUGGCAGACUUCCGUUAGCAUCCAUUACACAACGGGGCCCUCGGUGGUCACCGUUACACAGAGCGACGCAAACAGURUCAUGAAUGAGGCAUUGAAUCAUGGGAAAGGUCAGCUGUCCUGUUCGGGUUUAACACUCAAGCUCCUUAACGUUACCAUAACAACCCCUGGAAACCGAUAUUCCAUUACAGGACUCUUUGGAGUCAUAUAUGGUAACAUGGAUUCAAGUCAAAAAUCGAAUGCGCAGUCAUGUCUUGCAAAUGCCGUGAUAUUCAAUGACAUCGUCUUGAGACCAGAUUACUAUACGAGUCCUCUGAAAGGGUCUUACUGGGCAGACCGCGCAUCGUUAACCAACUUUCAAGAUUCUACCUGUUGUUUUAAUGGGAUGUUCCCGUCAAAUGGCGUGUGCGUUUCUCCGGCAGCAUCAUCUUCAAUCGUUACCUUAUUACCAUCGACAAGCAUCACUUCAACUUCUGUGCCUGUGGUCGCGACUACAUCGGAGUCAUUAACGCCAACUACAGCACCUACUACAGCUUUGUCAGUAACUUCAACGAUCCAGACAACAACACCGUCAGCACCACCGCCAAUAACACCGCGAACAACACCGCCAACAACRGCGCCAAAUAUUCCAACUACGAUUCACACAACUACACCAAUGUUUUUGGAUUUCGUUAACUUCGUCUCAAGGAUAAGCGUCAGUCCUGGAGACACUGUUCAACUGUUUUGCGCCGUUCUAGGAACAGCGACUAAUAUCGUAAUGACCUGGUCCAAGAACGACAGAACAUUUAAUCUUGACUAUUCUCAAGGCAGUUUGAACUACACCAAAGCACUGGUGCUGACAAUCGAGGGUGUUACAACAAAAGAUGCUGGUUUGUACGUCUGUGAUGUAGGUUCAAGUAUUGGAAUUAUAAAAGGAAUUUUAAAGCUUGAAGUACAAGGUAUUUAAAUGAGAUAGUAUUCGCACUUGCCUAUAAUGAUUUCAC